UUGUCACCUCAGCCCCGUGCGCCCGGGAGCCCCGCGCCUCAGCCCCGCGUGUCAGGCCGCGCGGCGGGAUUGGAGCGGCCGCAGCGAGGAUCAUGAGGCCAGCAAAGUAAAGCAGCGGUUCGGCUGAGAGAAGACAUGAAAAAGAUCGUGGUGGUGCCGCUGCACGAGCCGGAGGAGACUGCGCAGCCCAGAGUGUUUGGGGUCAGUCUGCAGGAACUGCGGCGCCAGGGCCUCACGGAGCACGGUGUCCCCGCCGUGGUGUGGAGUCUUGUGGAGUACCUGAGGCGGCACGGACUCACGCAGGAAGGACUGUUUCGGGUGAAUGGCAACAUGAAGGUGGUGGAGGGACUGCGGCUCAAGUUCGAGAGCGGCACUCCGGUGGAGCUGGGGCGGGACGGCGACGUGUGCGCAGCUGCCAGCCUGCUCAAGCUCUUCCUCCGGGAGCUGCCAGACUGCAUCAUCACCUCGACCCUGCAGCCACGCCUCCUUCAGCUCUUCCAGGAUGGCAGAAACGAUGCUCAGGAGAGCAGCUUGAGAGCCUUAAUAAGAGAACUGCCAGAGACCCACUACUGCCUCCUCAAGUACCUCUGUGGCUUCCUGACGCAAGUCGCCAAGCACCAUGGACAGAACCGCAUGACCCUUCACAACCUUGCCACCGUGUUUGGGCCCAACUGCUUUCAUGUGUCACCUGGACUUGAAGGCAUGAAAGAACAGGACCUCUGCAAUAAGAUACUGGCUAAAAUCCUGGAAAAUUAUAGUGCCCUGUUUGAAGUGGAUUGUACAGACCAAGAUUGGAAGUAUGAAAACCUGACAAAGCUUAUCGUUGUUAAAGAGGCCAGUUCUAAGAACUCCCUGCCCCUAGUUUCAACAAAAGACUUAGGAAGAGACGUGCUGAAACCAUCCUCACAGACCAAGAUCCCCAAGUCCAGGAGCGAGGGAUCCAUACAGGGUCACAGAGUGCUGCGAGCGGAACCCUUGGACUGUGUUCCUCACAUCAGCCUGUGGUUAAGCCGCAGGAAACCCAGCUUGGAAGCCAUGUACUCCACAGAGGAUGCCUGCGAUGCCAAGUGGCUGCCCAGUGCUCACGUAUCCCAAGUCAGCAACGUUUCAUCAACUGGAGAACUCUUGGAGAGAACCAUUCGAUCAGCUGUGGAACAGCAUCUUUUCGAUGUUAAUAGUUCUGGAGGUCAGAGUUCAGAGGAAUCAGAAUCAGGGACUUCAUCUUCAUCUUCCAACACAUCCGCCAGACAGCGAAGACGCCAGUCUAAGGAACAGGAUGAAGCUCGACGUGGCCGAGAGAAGGGGCUCAUCAACAAAGAAAAUAUUCCUUCUGGAUUCAGCAACCUCGAUGACUGUAUUUUGAACACUCAGGAAGUAGAAAAACUACAUGAAAGCACUUCGGGUUACACUGGAGAAAGGAGCAAACCCAAACGACAGAAAUCCAGUACGAAACUUUCUGAGCUCAAUGAAAAUCAAGAUGGUCCUGUGCAUAUGGAAAGCCUCAGUACUGCACAUGCUCACACAAGGACCGACCCUGAGUAUGGGGAACCCGUGCCUGACGAAAGCAAAGAAAAGGAAAGGGAAGGUGGACACGCCCAGCAUCUUGAGACUAACCCCACCAUGAAGAUCCCGGAGCCUGCCAAACAGCAGAGGAAUCAGGACCCUGCCGAUGACCAGCAGGAGAGCUUUGUCUCGGAGGUGCCCCAGCUGGACCUGACUGCAUUGUGUGAUGACAAGAGCUGGGAAGAACCUGUCCCAACUUUCUCCUCCUGGCAGCGGGAGAGCUUGGACCCUGACGAGGCCCGCCUCUCCCCGCAGGCCGGGCGCCUGAUUCGCCAGCUGCUCGAGGAAGACAGCGAUCCCAUGCUGUCACCUCGCUUCUAUGCCUACGGGCAGAGCAGGCAAUACCUGGAUGACACAGAAGUGCCUCCUUCUCCCCCGAACUCCCAUUCCUUCAUGAGGCGGCGCAGCUCUUCACUGGGCUCCUACGAUGAUGAGCAGGAGGACCUGACGCCGGUGCAGCUCACGAGGAGGAUCCAGAGCCUGAAGAAGAAGAUCCGGAAGUUUGAGGACCGCUUUGAAGAGGAGCGCAAGUACAGACCCUCCCACAGUGACAAGGCAGCCAACCCGGAGGUUCUGAAAUGGACAAAUGACCUUGCCAAAUUCCGGAAACAGCUUAAAGAGUCGAAACUGAAGAUAUCUGAGGAGGCACUAGCCCCCCGGAUGCGGCAGCGCAGCAACACACUCCCUAAGAGUUUUGGGUCCCAGCUUGAGAGAGAGGAUGGGAAGAAGCCGGAGCUGGUUGAGAAGGCAGUGAAGCCCAGCGUGGAAGUCACCUUGGACUCCAUCCAGCGGAAGCUGCAGGAGAAGCGGGCCGAGGUCGGCCGGCCGGAGGACAUCAAGGAUAUGACCAAAGAUCAGAUUGCCAACGAGAAAGUGGCCCUGCAGAAGGCCCUGCUGCAUUACGAGAGCAUCCACGGGCGGCCGGUAACCAAGAGCGAGCGCCAGGUGAUGAAGCCCUUGUACGACAGGUACCGGCUGGUCAAGCAGAUCCUGUCCCGGGCCAACACCAUCCCCAGCAUUGGUUCCCCCUCCAGCAAGCGGAGAAGCCCUUUGCUGCAGCCAAUUAUCGAGGGCGAAACUGCUUCCUUCUUCAAGGAGAUAAAGGAGGAAGAGGAAGGGUCCGAGGAGGACAUCACCACGAAGCCAGACUUCACCGUAACCCUGCGGACUGACUUCAGCGCACGCUGCUUUCUGGACCAAUUUGAAGAUGAUGCUGAUGGGUUUAUUUCUCCCAUGGAUGAGAAACUGCCAUCCAAAGGCAGCCAGGACACGGGGUUUUCGAACCUCCAUGCUGCUUCAAUACCUGAACUCUUGGAACACCUUCAGGAAAUGCGAGAAGAGAAGAAAAGGAUUCGAAAGAAACUCCGUGACUUUGAAGACAAUUUCUUCAGACAGAAUGGAAGAAACGUGCAGAAGGAAGACCGCACGCCCAUGGCGGAAGAAUACAACGAGUACAAGCACAUCAAAGCGAAGCUGCGGCUGCUGGAGGUGCUCAUCAGCAAGAGAGAUGCGGAUUCCAAGUCCAUGUAAGUGCCAGCCCCGGCCCAGGGAGCCACCGGAUCUGGGGAAGCGGC